AUGGUUGGCCUUUGCUCACACCCCGAACAAUGGGGCAUAUCGCUGCUUUAUGACCUGACUCCCUGCACGUGCCAGGCGCUGUCACACGUUUUCCCCUCAGCAAUAGCGCUGAUCUGGGGCACCCGAGAGGUGGUCCAGUUUGCCAACAAACCCAACAACGCCCAUAUCGUGCGCCGGCAAUGGGACUACUGGCUCAAACAGUCUGCGUCUGUGGCGCUCAUUCUCAGCCUGCUGUACGACGCCUCGCGACACAGAGCCCACCCCACCGACAUCUUCUUCUGGAGCCCCCUGGUUCUGGUUGCGGCCACCGUAGAAAUCAUCUAUCUGCAACACGUCGAGGCCGCCAAAAGCCGGAUUGCCAGCUCGGCCGUACUGUGGUUCUGGUUCACCCUGGCUAUCGGAGGACUUCUGGAAACCAUAGGUGACGCCGUUAGAGCUCUCAACCCAAGAACCGCUCUUUGCACCACGUUUGUGGCCUCCCUGGUCUUUUCUCUCGAAUGCUGGGUCUUCGACCCCCGAAAAUCGCUCCCUCACAUGUACCAAACCGCCUACGAGGACCUCAACCCCAUCGAGUACGCCAAUAUUGCGUCAAGAUCGACAUUUGGAUGGCUCGGACCACUGCUCAAAACUGGAUACUCAAAGGUGCUCACCAUCGAUGACAUUCCAGCUUGCCCUACCUGGCUCAAAACUGCCGUCACCCACGGCACCUUUGAACAGACGUGGCAAAAGCAGUUGCGAAAGAAGAACCCAUCUCUAUUGUGGACAAUCACAGCAGUCUACGGCCCAAAGUAUCUGUUUCUGUGCGUCUACAACCUCGGAGAAACCCUGGUUCCUUUCAUUCAGCCGUUUCUGCUGAGGCAGCUGAUUCUGGUGGUCACAGACUACAGAGCCCAGGAAGACGCGGCAAGAUCACUCAACAAGCCUCUGGACCCCGAUUCCGAGUCUGGACUCAUCACCAAGGGCAUCAUGGUUGUCACAGCCAUGCUGGCCCUUUCUCUCGUCCAGAUUGUGUCAUCCAACAAGUUCAUUAUUGGCUGUUUCAACAUGGUUCUUGAGGUCACCGGCGCCCUGUCUGCCGCAAUCCAUAAUAAGACCCUUACCGUGUCUCCAGAGGCAAAGGCCGAUACAAACUCCGGGGACAUUGUUAACCUCAUGUCCACAGAUGUACCCCAGAUUGCUCAAACUGCAGAUAUCAUGGACACCAUCUGGGGAGCUCCUCUGGGAGUCGUUGUGUGUCUGACCUCCAUCUACUUCCUCAUUGGUAAAGCCAUGUGGGCCGGUGUCUUUGUCAUGUCCAUGAACCUGCCCAUCAACGCCGUUUUCGCCUACUGGGAAACCAAGUUCUACGAGCAGAUCAUGGCGGUGCGAGACAAGCGAACCGCCGUCACUACCGAGGUUCUCACCAACAUCAAGUCGCUCAAGUUUUACUCAUGGGAAAAGAUUUUCUACGACAAGGUGUGCAAGAUCCGAAACGGAGGAGAACUCGCGUUACAGAAGAAGAUUCUGCACUACGAGAUUGCCGAGGCAUUCUCCUGGAGUGUCGCGACGUUUGUCGCCACUUCCGCCUCCUUUGCAGUCUACACCCUUGGCAUGAAACAGCCUCUUACCACCGAUGUUGCCUUCCCCGUCAUGGCUCUAUACGGAGCUCUUCUGGAACCUCUGGGGUCAAUUCCCUACAUCAUCACCCAUCUGCUCGAGACUGGUAUUUCUAUUGGCCGAAUCUCCAAGUACCUAAAAGCCCGUGAUCUUCAGCCCGAUGCUGUGACCCAUGUAGCUGCUGCUACAGUUCCAGGUCAGGUUUCUGUGACCGUGGAGAACGGUUCUUUUGGCUGGGAUUCUCGAGAUGUUGCCAAGGAUGUGGACAAGCUGCUUCUUACGGACAUGAAUUUUGAGGCCAAGAAGGGUCAGAUUGUGUGUGUUGUAGGAAAGGUUGGCAGUGGAAAGACCACCUUUUUGCACUCUCUUCUGGGAGAGACAUACAAGCAUGCCGGACAAGUCACAGUGGCUGGACGAGUUGCCUAUGUUGCUCAGUCUCCCUGGAUCAUGAAUGCUACCAUCAAGGACAAUAUUGUAUUUGGUAGCAAGUUUGAUGCUGAUUUCUACGCCAAGGUUGUUGAUGCGUGCGCUCUCAAGUCUGAUUUUGCUAUUCUCAAGGAUGGAGACCAAACCGAGGUCGGUGAGAAGGGUAUUGCUCUUUCAGGAGGUCAGAAGGCUCGUCUUGGACUUGCGCGGGCCGUUUAUUCCCGUGCCGACAUCAUUCUUCUCGACGAUCCUCUUUCUGCCGUUGACGAGCAUGUGCAACAUCAUAUUAUCCAGGAAGUUCUUGGUCCCAAUGGUCUGUUGCAGUCCAAAACCAAGGUGCUAGCUACCAACACUCUCAAUGCUUUGGAGCACGCAAACAUGAUCUACUUGAUUCAGGACAAGACGUUUGUGGAGAAGGGUUCGUUCGAGGAGGUUUCUCGAGGCGAAGGCCAAUUGUCGAAGCUCAUCAAGGACUUUGGCCGCAAGGGAAAGAAGACAGACACUUCUGCUUCUGCUUCUGAUCUCGUUUCUGGCCCCACUACCCCCACUUCAAUGGUUGAAACUGACCCUGUUCUCAUUGAAGGAGAAGAUACUGUUGAAGAGCUUGGAAUCGACCGUACCUUGACGUUGCGACGAGCCUCCACAGCCGAGUUUGUGGCUCCUAAGGGUCCUAAGUCGAAUGCUGAUGAGAGAGACUCGGACAGAGUCAACCAGGAAAUCGUCACCUCAGGAGAUAUCAAGUCUUCAGUCUAUGUGCGAUACGCUAAGGCUCUGGGACUGGGCAACCUGGCAAUGUUCCUGCUCUGCAACAUCAUGGUAUCUGUGUCUCAGGUUGCUGCCAACUACUGGCUCAAGGACUGGGCCGAGCGAUCCGACGACUCAGAGCUCUCUUCCCCAGGUUACUAUCUCACCGUGUACUUCAUUCUGGGCAUUGCUUCCGGUAUCUGGCUUGUUUUGGAGCUCAUCUUCCUGCACGCGCGUGGAGCCAUCCAAGCUGGUAUUGAGAUGCAUGCCAAGAUGCUUGCGUGUGUGCUUCGAGCUCCAAUGUCCUUCUUUGAGACUACUCCUCUGGGUCGAAUCACCAACCGGUUCUCAGGAGACUUGUACAAGAUUGACGCCAACCUGCCCUCGGCUAUUGAGUACCUGUUCAAUGCCAUCAUUGCAGGCAUGGCUUCUCUGCUGGUGAUUGUUUUUGCGACACCCAUGACCUUGCUGUUCAUCAUCCCCCUUCUGGUUCUCUUUUACCGAUACCAAAAGUACUACAUUCACUCUUCUCGAGAAGUGAGACGACUGGUGACUGCUUCCAGGUCCCCUGUUUACGCUCAUUUCCAGGAGACACUCAACGGUGUGUCUACCAUCCGAGGAUACGCCCGUCAAGCUACUUAUGAGAAGAUCAACCAGGCUCGAACCGACGUGUCAGCCAAGGUGCGUUUUAUUCAGCAGAACCUCAACCGAUGGUUGUCUCUUCGCCUGCGAGUUAUUGCUGCCCUGGUUGUGUUUGCCACAGGUCUGUUUUCCAUCCUUUCUCUCCGAUGGUACAACUUUAUGAAUCCCGGAAUAAUGGGUAUUGUCAUGACAUAUGCGCUGAACGUGACGUGGACGCUGGUGCUCAUGGUUCGUAUGGCCAUCAACGUCGAGACCCACUCUGUGUCUGUGGAGCGAGUGUGGGAGUACUGUGAGUUAAAGUCUGAAGCCAUUACCGAGAUUCCAGGUUGUGUUCCCCCCUCGUGGCCUGAGAAUGGUUCCAUCUCCUUCAACGAUUACUCCACGCGGUACAGAGAGGGUCUGGAUCCUGUUCUCAAGGGUAUUUCUCUCGAUAUCAAGCACAAGGAGAAGAUUGGUAUUGUUGGACGAACUGGAGCCGGCAAAUCGUCUCUUACUUUGUCUCUGUUCCGAAUCAUUGAGGCCAUUGGAGGCAACAUUUCCAUUGACGGAGUUGACAUUUCCAAGCUGGGACUUCGAGAUCUGCGUCAACGGCUUUCGAUCAUCCCCCAGGACUCUCAGAUCUUCGAGGGAACCAUCCGAGAGAACCUGGAUCCUUCAGGAACUGCUCACACCGACGAGGAGAUCUGGAAGGUGCUAGAGUUGUCUCAUUUGGCAGAGUUUGUGCGUUCGUCCACUGAUUCGGACGGUCAGCACCAGGAGCUGCUCAUGAAGAUCAACGAGGGCGGUUCCAACCUGUCUGCAGGUCAGAAACAGCUCAUGUGUCUUGGUCGAGCUCUCCUCAACCCCUCUCCUAUUCUGAUUCUCGACGAGGCUACUGCUGCCGUCGAUGUUGAGACAGACAAGAUUCUGCAGCAGACAAUUCGAACCGAGUUUAAGGAGAAGACGAUUCUGACUAUUGCUCAUCGACUCAACACCAUUCUCGACAGUGAUCGAAUCAUUGUACUUAGUGCUGGUCAGGUGGAGGAGUUUGAUACCCCCCAGAACCUGCUCAAGAACCACGAUAGUUUGUUUUACAAGCUCUGUGAGCGAGGAGGAUUUGUCGAUGGCGACGAGAUCAAGUACACUGUUGCUGAAGAGGAGGGAGAUGACAAGAAGGAUAAUGAUGAUGAUGAUGAUGAUGAUGAUCAGCCCGCUUACACUGUGGAGGAGCCUGAUAAUUAA